AGAAAGCACAGUUGUGCAAAAGAAUACAAGACUACAGCAGGAAUACAGCAUACGCGGUUGACUAUUUUUUUUACCACUAGGUGGCGACAUAUACUUACUUUCUAACGUAAAUCAUUCUGGUAAAGGAAUUUUGGUUUAAAAAUUAUUUGAGACAUUAAUACAUCACAAAAGUAACCUUAUAUAUCUUAUAUUUAAGUUGAAUAGUAAUCAACCACAUUACAAGUAAAAUGCAAGCUAUUAGACAAUGCUCUGCUUGUGCUACUGGGGCACUUCUACAAAGUCGGACGGACUUCCUUUUGCUCCGGACCAAUAUGACGGCGCUCAGAAGAAGCGUUGCUUGUCUCAAUUUCUUCAGGAGCACAGCAGCGAGUGUCCUCAACUGUAGGAAGCCCUCGCGUAAGAGGCUUGUGCGUUUCACGGAUGUUACCAGAACGAGCUUGGCCUCUUUGAGUGUUGGGAGUGGGCUGAGAGCUGUCCCCUUCAUGCUGCAAGUGGAGAACCUCUCUCAUGAAUCCCUGAUCCGAAGAGCAUCCUCUAUGGUUACAGACAGUGCAAACACUUACCUCUCCCAGACCACCCAGGCUCUCGUAGACUCCAUCACACAAUAUGCCAAAGCUCUCCAUACUCUCAUCGCCCUCCAGAGGAGAUAUCUGGCUUCACUGGGAAAACUCUCCUCUGUUGAGCAGGAUGCCAUUUGGCAAGUGAUCGUUGGUCAGCGUGUUGAGGUUGGUGGCAGACUAGAUGAAUGCAACCGCUUUGAGUCAAACUGGAUGAAUGCUGUCAACCUGUGUGAAAUGGCAGCUGAGGAAGCGUACAACACUGGAGCUGAGCAUGCAUCCGUCACAGCCAAGACCAAUUUGCAGGUGGCCAAGGUUCAGGUGGAGGAGGUCCGGCAGAUAUCUGUGGAUGCUGAGAGAAAGCUGGCUGAGACCCAGGCCGAGGAUAUCCAGAGGAUGGCGGAGUAUGCCUCUUUCAUAGAGAGGGGUGGUGAUGACGUGCAUGAGGCGUACCUCAGAGAAGACUAAGAAUAAUCCUGAGAGUAAAACAAGUUUGAGUAGUUUGUGGUUUAGAUCCUCAAGUCCACCAUUUGGGAAGUUCAGGAGUUGUUUUAUAUUAAAUUAUGAUAAACAAAAAAACAUGUAGAGAAUUUAGUGGUGAAUUGAAUGACAAGUGAUUCUUUUUGUGGAUGGAAUGUCAUGACUUUGUGACUUACAUUUGAUUCGAUUAGUUUCAUGCACUUACUAUAAUCCACUCUCUAACACAAAAAAAAAAAUAUUUAUUUGAAUACAGCUUUGAAUGUCAACUUCAAGUCUUUAAACUGAAAAUAAUAAUUGACAAUCAGGGUGUCCUAAGUGAAAUGUAUGGACUAUGGUCAACAUAGCAGUACAGGUGUGGUUGCAUUUGUUUAUUUGUAUUUUAUGAUAUGUAAAUGAACUAACUUUAUAAUAAAAAAUUAUAUUUUUCAUA